AUGGCGUCAUAUUUGGAAUCGGCAUCUGCUACGGACAGCAGUAGCAGAAAUUAUGGAUUCGGCUUUGGGAAGAAAGGAACAUACAGCAAUGUUGGAUUGCUAAAUAAAUAUUACAAGGGUUCUGAAAUACAGAAUACAAAAUCCGCGAGAGUGUAUGUUUUCGGAGAUGGUGACAGUGCAGUCGAUGACGAGAAUGUUGAAUUUGAAAUGCCAGAAUUAAAAAUGCGGUCCCGGUCGAAAGGAUCCUCUAGUAAUUUCAGUAAUACUUUACAGUUGGAGGAAGAACUACAACAGCCUGCAUAUUUCAUAAAAGAAAUUGCAGAUGGUGAAACAUUGCAGGCUAUUGCACUGAAAUAUGCUUGUCCGGUUUCUGAAUUGAAGAGACUCAACAAAUUAAUCCAAGAUCAAGAAUUCUAUGGUCUUAAAGUAUUAAAAGUCCCAAUGAAAAAAUAUGGAAUACUUUCUGAAGAAAUAGCAAAUGAAGCUAAAGACAGCAAACAUUUCCAGCAUUCCAGAUCUGCAACUGCCACAUCACUGACCUCUGACACAGAAGCAGAACCUUACAGUAAUUAUUUUGAAGAAAGUGACUCACAGCAUGACUUCAGCGAUCCUGAAACGCAGAUGAAAAUCAUGAGAACUUUAAGCAUAAGGGACAAUUUUUCUUCUCAGGGAAAAGAUGCGGAACUGUUUCUGAAGAGAAUGGAUGAUGAUCUGAAGAGGUUGAAGCAGUCUUCCAGGCAUGAACGUGAGUCACUUAGCGAAGUGAUUUCAGUGCUUACAAAUAAGAGUAUUCAGCCUCUACAGAUGAGCAGACCCAGUGACAAGCAGAAAGGAGCAAGUUCUGUUGUGAGCUGGUGGACAAUCAUUUGUAUAUCAGUUACUGUUGGGAUAAUUGUACCUUUGGUUCUUUUUCUUUAUAUAAAAUAUGUUUUAAAUAAUCAUUGA